AUACAAGUGUGGAGGGAAUUUCUUUUUCCUCCCAAUGAGUUGAGAUUGACAAUUAUUUACACGUAUGGUGCAUGUUUGUCGGUUUUGUAGGAUGGUCGAUAUGAACCACCCGUACCUUUCGGUGCUUAGCGGGAAACCCGCAAUUGAAAAUGAGCUGAGAUUUUGGGUAAGCGCUCACUCCAAAGACCACUGGAAACUCGACUUCACACAGUUCGAUGGUCUUCAUUGCGGAGUAUAUCAUGAGGGAGGCUAUGGCGCACCCACAAUGGCGCCAGCUCCUUGAAUUGGAUGAUGACAAUUAUGGGGAGUUGUGUGUCGAUUUUUUCAGGACCUUCACCAUCUCUAAGACCAUGAGCGCGUUCGGAAACCGGUUGCGCACGAUGAAAUUCCAUUUGGGCGGAGAAUGCCGCACCCUGACUUUCAACGGGGUAGCCCGAGCCAUGGAGUUGGAUACUCAUCUGGACUCUGAGUGGGAAGGGAUGCCAUAAGAGGGUGCAACAUUUCGAAGAUUUUUCCUCCUGGAGCACCAACGAACACCAUUUCGAUCGGCACUCACGUUGGCAUCCACACUCAAGCCAUAGUGGCGCAUCACAAUCCAAACAAGAUAACCGAGAGGAUCCUGCUGGCGUUUGCUUGCAUGGUGGAACCGUCUAGCAAUCUUCAUCUUGGUUCAGUCUUGGCCAUCUCUUUUGCCAGAGCAAUAGGGGGAAAUCGACAAUAUGUCACAUCAAUGGGGCCCUACAUCACCCAUCUUGCUCGUCACUUUAACGUUAACUUUGUGGGCUGCACCAAGGAGGGGCACACCAAGGGGUUUGAAGAAGGAACUUUGAUUUCCAUACAUUUAUUGUGAACAUUUGGCCCAUUCCAGUAAAUUGAGGGAAUGACUCUUCCACCAGGGGUCCCUCCUCCAGAGUAGCCACCUGCUAGAGCUCCCGGCCACCGCCACCGUCCCGCGCUCUAGCGCCCUGCACCACCACCAGUAGCAGCAUAAUCACAGGUGUCGGUCCUUCCACCUCCGGGGUGCACCUCGUGGAGAGGAUGGACCACCUUGAGACCCACUUAGUGGGAGUCACUUCCCUGCUCGACCGACACACCGAACUGCUAGAGCGGAUCGCUCAUCGCCAGGGCCUCCUUCCAGAUGAUGAGCCAGGUCUUUGACCCAGCGAGAGGUAGCCGACGGGUGAGACAUGUGAUAGAGAUGAUUCUUUUCGCCCCACUUCUCCACUUGGAACUCUAAACUCUUUUAUUUUAUGUUUCUUUAUUUUAUUUGGUAUGUGUGAACAACUACAACUAUCGUAUUGUUAUGUGUAAUAACCUCACCUCGAGUGAGUACGUGUUGUGUUUGUGUGUGUAUUUUUUGUCUUCUCCUUGAAGCUCAAAUCUCCUACCCUGAAAAAUUCCAACUUUCACUCACCAAGCAAUGCGGUAACAUCGUUCUACCCCUAUCUUACGCCAUUGAGGGCAAUGUCGAACUUAAGUGUGGGGGUAGUUUAUUAUUAUGCUUGUGUGAGUGUGAUUGAUGCUUGGAGCCUUGAUGUAUGCCCAAAUUUGAAAAUUUUGAGGGAUCCAAGCAAUGGUUGCAUGAUCAAAGUGGCCGGUUUGUAGGAGAAUCUCGUGUUUAUUGGCAUUGACCUUUAAUUGUUGCAUGUGAUCCAGUGUGUCCUUUGAUGAUGACUGAGAGGUGCAUUAGGAUAGUGCAAAGGUUUAGUUCUCAUGAGUGCAAAAAUGAAUGGAUGUCUUGACU